ACAAGACCACUUCAGUUUUAUACGGUCUUUUAUAAUCAAUCUCUACAAAAACUAAGGGUUUGUUGUUUUCACGAGGUAUUUAAAGAUACGUCAGCGUGACAGCCCGCCCAGGUUGUACGGCAAUACGACGUGUAAUUUAUUAGCAUCUGUCAUUUUAAUUACAUUAGUUUUAAUGUAAUAUAGAAGGUCUCUGAAUUAAUUCGCAAUAUUGAACUAGAAGAUCAACUGUAACACAUUAGACAAUUACACAAUAGUUGAUAUGAUUUGUAAAAUUAAAAAUAAAAAGUCUGCCUUUUCAUAAGAAAUCUAUUUGCUUUAUAUAUCCGGUGGGCUUGAUAAUCACGAUAAUUCAGUAAGCAAAGAUUUAGUUCAUUAAACUACAAGUUUCUCUUUGUGUGACAAACUCACUGGCUUGUGACAUUUGUAGUCGGUCUUACACAGCAAUUAAGUACGGGAUUCCUUCAGAAAAUAUGCCGUUUAUUUAACGCUGUGGUAGUUCUCGCAUCUUGUGUGGUCCGCGCACUGUGGUGAACUGUUGCUUAGCAACUAAUGUAAGCUGCUGUUACUUGAGCAAUCCUAUUUAAAUCUGGCCAAUCCGAUAACAGACAAACACGAUAUCAUCUUGUCAGUCAUUACGAGGAGGCGGAGCUUAACGCAAAAUCGGGAGUCUUGAAGUUCGCAAAGAAUGAUAUCGGAUGUAUGGAGCUUACAGUGUUUUGUUUGGAUUUUAUCUUCUAUGAGGACUUCAGAAUUAUGAAGAAAUUUUCUAAUAUAAAGAUGUACUUACAUGCAUUUCAAACUGUGUGAUAAUAACAUCGAUGUUAAUUAAUAGUGUAUAAACCGAACAACAUUCCACGUGGGUUCGAAUAGCAUUCAAAUGACAUAGUUUAUUUUGUGAAUUCCCCCUUCAAAAACGGGAAAUCAUGAGUAUUCGAAGGAGGGGCACUAAUUCACAAAUUGAUGAGGAUUUGUUAACGAGGACUAGUUUUGUGGAUGCCAGGAUAGCGUAUAAACAAGUCAAAAAGGGUAAAGCAGAUGGGAAUAAAUGUGCGUUGUGGGUACGAUGGCAUCUGCAAAAUUAUAUGUUCAGUAUUGGUUGUUUCAUACAAUUACAUUGUGGGAAAGUUUUGUUUAUGGGAUUACUAUUGUUGUCGUUGUGUUGCAUCGGAUUCAAACUGGUCAAAUUUGAAACUGAUGUUGAAGCUCUUUGGGUAGAAGCGGGUGGCAGAUUAGAGGAAGAAUUAGCUUAUACAAAGGCCACUGUAGGUGUUGGUAGUGGUACCACCAGUGAACUUGUUAUUCAAACACCAAAAGAAGGAUCAAAUAUCUUAACACAAAAAUCUUUAUUGCUACAUUUAGAAACAUUACUCAGAGUUACAGAGAUAGAAGUAGACCUGUUUGAAACGACAUGGAAAUUUAAUGAUAUAUGUUAUUUAGCUGAAUUCCCUAUUUUUGAUGACCCAUUUAUUGAUGGAAUCAUCCAAAAGAUAACACCUUGUGUGAUUAUAACACCAUUGGAUUGUUUCUGGGACGGUGCUAAAGUUCUUGGUCCCCAUAAUUCAGUCUGGACUACUUUACCUAUUCCACCUCUGAAAUGGAAGAGUUUAGACCCUCAGAGUCUUAUAGAAUACAUAGAGAACAAUUAUUCAGAAAGGAUUCCAAAGGUGGAAUUGAUGAAGGAAAUAAUGAAAGAGGCUGGUAUUACCACAGGAUACCAGGAGAGACCAUGCUUAGAUCCGACAGAAACCCAGUGCCCAGAUUCAGCUCCCAACAAACACUCUGGCUUGAUCCCAGACAUUGGAGCUGAAUUAACAAAUGGAUGCAAUGGAUUUGCUGAAAAUUUAAUGCAAUGGCACGAAGAUUUAAUAGUUGGAGGGGCAAAGAAAAAUAAAACUGGCCAUAUUGUCAGAGCUGAAGCAAUGCAGUCAGUUGUGCAGCUGAUGGCAGAGAAAUCUCUGUACGAGUUCUGGCAGGACGACUACAAAGUACACAGCAUUGAAUGGAGCCAAGAUAAAGCCAAGCAGGUCUUGGAAACUUGGCAAAGAAAGUUCAUAGAAGUUGUAUCUGGAAUGACUGGUGCCCAGAACACUUCUGAUUCUGUGCAUGCCUUUGCUACUACCUCGUUACUUGACAUGAUGACAGAGUUUUCUGGUAUAAGUGUUGUCAGAGUGGCAUUUGGUUACAUACUUAUGAUUAUAUAUGCAUGUGUAUCAUUGUUGAAAUGGAACAAUGCUGUCCAAUCACAGAGUGGUAUAGGGAUUGCAGGGGUACUGUUGAUUGCUUUAUCUGUAGCGGCAGGGCUUGGAAUCUGUUGUGUUCUAGGGAUACCAUUCAAUGCAGCUACUACACAGAUCAUACCAUUUCUAGCAUUAGGAUUAGGAGUGGAUGAUAUGUUCCUCAUUGCUCAUACAUAUUCUGAAAACUCGGAAAAGAAAAAUAUUCCAUUAAGUGAGCAAACAGGUGAAUGUUUAAAAAGAACUGGUGUGACAAUUCUAUUGACAUCCGUCAACAAUAUGCUGGCUUUCUUUACAGCAGCUAUCAUACCAAUUCCUGCCUUGAGGGCAUUCUCUUUACAGGCAGCUAUUUUGAUCCUGUUUAAUUUAGCCUCAAUAGUUCUAGUCUACCCUGCUAUAUGUAGCAUGGAUCUCCAAAGAAAAGAUGACAAAAGAAUAGACAUCUUCUGUUGCUUUCAAAGUUUUGCUGAUACCAGAAACCUUGUGAUGCAGUUACAGCCCCAGCAUGACUUCCAGUCCCGGGACCAGAGUCCACCACCAAGUUAUAGUCCACCUCAGUAUAGUCCUAGUCCUCCUCCUAGUUAUGCUUCAUCAGCACUUCACAACACUGUUACCCAGACUGCUCCUGAUGGGGUACAUACAGUCACAAGUCUAGCUCCUAAUGAAGGGGUCUUUGUACCUAGAGGACAACUAGCUACAGAUACUGCCAGUUCAUCAUCGAGACAAUGUCUUACUCCAGAAGAGGGGAUCUCCUGUCAUCAAACAUUUGCAAUGGCUCAGAAGAAAUGUCUGACAGCAACCUUUACCUCACUGGCAAAACAACAUUAUAUUCCAUUUUUACAGAAGAAAUGGGUCAAGGUUUUCACAAUUGUUGGAUUCUUGGUACUUUUAUUCAUUGGUAUUUAUGGAACAGCCCAAGUUAAGGAUGGACUAGACCUGACAGAUGUUGUACCAAAAGAUACAAAUGAAUACAAAUUUCUAAAAGCACAAUCUAAAUACUUUGGUUUCUACAAUGUAUAUAUGGUUACAAAGGAUGGUUUUGAUUAUCCAAACAACCAACAUCUACUGAGAGAUUACCAUCGAGCUUUCCAAACAGUUGAUAAUAUUAUCAAGAAAAAAGACAACUCAAUGCCUGAUUUCUGGCUUGAUAUGUUCAGAGACUGGCUUAGAGAUAUCCAGGUAGUUUUUGAGAGAGAGGUGUCUGAGAGGAGGAUACAUGAGGAUGGUUGGUACUACAAUGCCUCUGACAUAGCUAUACUGGGUUACAAACUGAUGUUACAGACAGGAGAUCUAGAUAAUCCUACUGAUAAAACAAAGGUGUUCCAGAACAAACUUGUGAAUGAUGAUGGUGUGAUCAACACUGAAGCAUUCUAUAAUUAUCUGACAGCUUGGGUAUCUAACGAUGCUAUGACAUAUGCUGCUUCAAUGGCAGACUUCCACCCGAUACCGUCCCAGUGGGUCCAUGAUUCUUAUGAUAUAUAUGAUCAUAAAAUACCAAAAGCUCAGCCAUUGAUCUAUGCCCAGAUUCCAUUUUAUUUGAGUAACUUAUCAACAACGGAAGCAAUUCUGGAGACAAUUAAAGCAAUGCGAGAAAUAUGUGAUACUUAUACAGAUCGUGGAUUACCUAACUAUCCUAAUGGAAUACCGUUCACAUUCUGGGAGCAGUAUAUCAAACUUCGUCUGUACCUCUCUCUCGCUAUCCUGUGUAUCUUAGUUGUUACAUUCAUCGUACUCACCGUCGUUCUCAUGAACCCAUGGCUGGCCAGUAUUGUUGUUGUGGUCCUGACAGUGAUUAUUGUGGAAUUAUUUGGAUUAAUGGGAUUAUGUGAUAUAAAACUCAGUGCUGUUCCUGCCGUUAUUCUUAUCAUUGCUGCUGGAAUCGGAGUGGAGUUUACAGUCCAUAUUUCUGUGGGAUUUUUAACUGCCAUUGGAUCUCGAGACAAGCGAAUGGGAAUGUCAUUAGAACACACACUUGCUCCAGUUAUACAUGGAGCUAUAUCUACUUUCAUGGGAAUUAUUAUGCUUGUCGGAGCAGAAUUUGAAUUCAUUGUAAAAUAUUUCUUCAAUGUUUUGGCUGGUCUUGUUGUGAUUGGUCUUUUGAAUGGACUGGUGCUGCUUCCUGUGUUGCUGUCUAUUUUGGGACCAAAAGGGGAGGUUCGACCAAAAGAUGAUGGCGAUCGUAUACCAACACCAUCUCCAGAACCUUCACCUAAACCAAUCAAAAAGUCCAGAAAGAGUAGACCUAGCAGACGACUGUAUCCAAGGAUACCAUCUGAUAUUUCUCUGACCACAAUAUCAGAAGAACCUACACAGUAUUCAUCACAUGAAAUAAUCGUAGAACCUGAAGUAGUGGUAGAAACAACAACAGUUCCUAUGACUCACAGCAGUAGUAACAGUAGUAGACAUACUACACCAACAGCCUCUGUAUCAUCAACACCUCAAUCAACACAUAUUACCAGGGUAACAGCUCAUGCAACAGUUAAAGUAGAAGUUCAUACUGGUAUUCCAGGUUCAGUUCAAAAUGUAGAUCAUGAUCAUGUUUACAAAAGUAAACGGCGGAAAGAAUUGGACAGUUCAGACUCAGAUUCUUGUUCAAAUUCCUAGCAGACUUAAAUUCUUCUAGAAAUGUGAUGGUGCUAUUUAUUAUUUAUACAGUAUUUUAUGGUUGUGCGUAUGGCUGCCUGUGUGUGAGUGUUUGAUCAUCCAUGACACAAAACAUUUGUAAAUGGCGGCUAAAGGCCAGUUAUCACUCAGGAACAAUGUUUGUAUCAAUCAGAAGAUGGAACGGCUGACUACGGGUAUUAUCUCACGGGACUUAUUCUUCAUCCUCUUCAGGGCCGAGUUGUGAUUUAGUAUUUAUUUGUAUUGAACAAGGGGAAGUAACUCUUGUUUAUUUAAAUGUUAAGCAUUGUUUUUAUGUUACUGAUGUACAGAUUUCUUGUUUUGUAAGAUAUUGUAAUUAGCUAAUUAUUAUAAUUUGUAAAUAUGUUAAUGAUGUAAAAUAAUUGUUGAAUAUCUGUUGAUUGUUGAAUGUUUACCAUCAUUUACAUUAAUGAGAUUAAAUCUCGUAACAUUUUAUUGUUAUUCAUUGUAUAUCAUUUGAAUGGAGAAGAACAGCGUUAGUAUUAGAAAUUAUUCAGCAUUAUUUCCAUACCUCAAGCUGUAGAUGAGCUCAGGGUACAUUAUUUGUAGAACUUUGAAGUUUUAUCUGUAGAUGGGUUAGUCCAUUAAAGCCUGAUGUUCUUCCAUUGUACAUAUCAUAUUCUGUUGUUGUAGAUGAUGGUCAAAACAAUUUCCAAAGUUGUCCAAAACUCAUAUAAUGCCAUGUGAAAAUUUGUCAUAUAUUUUAAAUUCUUCAAACAGCAAAUGUAUAUUCAGUUUUUUUUAUUUGUAUAUUAAAGGCUAGCCUAUGAAACUUAUUCAAUUUUUGGAUUAAAGGGGAGAUAAUUUUCUAUUCGUAUUUAAAUUUUUUGGUGAGCAGAAAUUCGCUUUAGCAGAUAUUGAAGACAAGUUUUUAAAAUGAAUGUAUUUAGAAUUGAUUAUUUUUUAUUUUUACAAAAAACGUUCCACAGUUCAUUUCUUUAAAAUGUUUACUCAGAAUUAAUAGUAAAAUAGUAAUUAAAUGGAUGACAUAAUUUCCACAUGGCAUUGUUUUGUUUUUUUGUUGUUAGAAAGCCAAAGAUGAUUUGUAACUCAGGCACUUGUUAGUCCCCAUCAGGGUAGAUAUAUGAAAUCCUUCUGUAAAUCCUUCACUUACUAACUUGGAAUAAAAUAGAUUUCGUAAUGCACAUGUAUAUGUAACUUUCAAAUUCAUAAAUGAAAUUAUUCGUGUUUUAAGAAGCUUUAAAGCAUUAAAAAAAAUUAAAUACUGAUGUGAAAUUUAAUUUAUAGACCUUUUUUUUCGCGGGGGGGGGGAUUGGACAAAACAAAAGUAUUUGUAUCACAUGUAACAAAUUAAAAUUAAAAAUGUUGAAUAUUUGACUCUGAUCACUGGUUUGAUAAUCAUUUUCAAAGCACAGUGUGCAUCCUAAAUCAAUUUUGUUGACUUAGAUAAGUUUUUAUAAAAAUUAAGUGCUAUAUGAUAUUGGUCAGACUUUUACCUAUGAAUGAAGUGCUAUGAAAUUGGUCAAAUUUUUACAUAUAAAUUAAGUGCUAAGAUAUCGGUCAAACUUUUACAUAUAAAUUAAGUGCUAAGAUAUCGGUCAAACUUUUACAUAUGAAUUAAGUGCUAUGAUAUUGGUCAAAUUUUUACAUAUAAAUUAAGUGCUAAGAUAUCGGUCAAACUUUUACAUAUGAAUUAAGUGCUAAGAUAUUGGUCAGUUUCAUUCUUAUGUUUAGUGCUACAAUAAGUUACCAUGGUGCAAAAGCUUUAAACAUAUUUAUUUGUACUGAAAUGUAUUGUUAUCAUAAGUUUUGAUGUGUAUAAAUGAUGUGAUAGUGUAUAUGGGUUUUGUGUAAGUGUGUGCAAAUGGUGUUUUGGUGCUGUUAGUGGAAGUUAGUAAUACAUGUGAACAUUCUAUUUUUUGCAAGUAAAGAAUGACAAAUAUUGUUAUUCUUAAACAAUUUACAUUUAUUAAUGAGGUGAAAAAAAUAAGAAAUAGUAUUGUUUUUACUCUAAAUUGGGUGAAGAUAGAAUUCCUUUAUUAGUUUAACCAAACAUCUUCAUUUGGGUGGCAAGCUUAUUGUUCAACAUUCAAAAUAUUAGAAAAUGACAAAUAUUACAAGUAAUUUUUCUUGUUUGUAUAUUGUUCUCCUAUACUACAUACAUCCCUUUAAUCAGGGAUGAUUUAUCCAUCUAUUUUCCUGAAUUUCAAAUGAAUGAAUGAUUUAAACAUUGAAUGUAUGCAUUUAAAUCUACAAGGCAGACUUACAUAGGACGAUAUAUAUAGUUUCUUGCAUUUUUUCCCAUUUUAAAUGAUAAAAAAUCAGGAAUUUUCAUAAAACUGAAAAAAACAGAAUACAUUUACAUUUGUUAUUAAAAAUAAUUAAAUAGGUGUGAUUUAUAAGCCUUACCCAUCAAUACUAAAGUUUUGGACAGUAAUAAAUAGAUGAUUUAAGACAAAUACACCUGGUGACCUCAUUUACCUGUAAAAUCAUGACAUUAUAUUUGGUGCAACAGGUGACACUGCCAGUAUCAGUUUAUUAUUUUUUUUAUGACAACCCCUCCUGAGCCUCAUAUUCUGUCAUGUUAUAUGGAGACAUUACACUCAAAUCCUUACCAAAUCAUAAUCAUUUUUACCUCAUAGGGUGUGGUGCUGAGGUUCAGGAGGGGUGAAUUGUCUGUGAUAGGUCGAUAUCGACUUAUAUAAAUAUUAUAUAUAUUAUGAUAUAUAUAUGUGGUAGUACUUGUGUUCAGAUCUUCUGACGAAGGUUGAAUCGUUAUCACAUGAAAUGAUGAAAAUAAAAGUUAAAUAAA